AUGAAGAAUCAUGAAAAGAAAGAUCCAUUUCUCUUCUUCCCCACCAUAACCCCCUUGCCAUUUCAGACCCCUAAGGGGACCUGUGCAAAAUCAGUGAAGAUUGCCAUUGACACAGGAUACCGGCACAUUGAUGGGGCCUACAUCUACCAAAAUGAGCAUGAAGUGGGGGAGGCCAUCAGGGAGAAGAUAGCAGAAGGAAAGGUGCAGAGGGAGGAUAUUUUCUACUGUGGAAAGCUGUGGGCUACAAAGCAUGACCCAGAGAUGGUCCGCCCAACCCUGGAGAAGACACUUAGUGUCCUCCAGCUAGAUUAUGUGGAUCUUUACAUCAUUGAAAUACCCAUGGCUUUCAAG